AUGGAGGGUAAAGAUUUGGAAUUUGCAGUUAAUGGAGAGAGAUUCAAAAUCAACUCUGCUGAUCCUUCUACUACUUUACUCGAGUUCUUGCGAUUCAACACUCCUUUCAAGAGUGUCAAGCUCGGUUGUGGCGAAGGCAAUCUCUCUCUCCCUCUCUCCUCUCUUUUGAUGAGGGUGUGGUGCUUGUCUUGUAGUGUUAUCAAAAUACAAUCCAGAGUUAGUGCAAGUGGAGGAAUGUAGUAUAAACUCUUGUCUCACACUUCUCUGUAGUAUCAAUGGAUGUUCCAUCACAACAUCUGAAGGUCUUGGCAAUACAAAGAAGGGAUUCCACCCGAUUCAGAAACGACUCGCCGGGUUUCACGCCUCUCAGUGCGGUUUCUGCACACCAGGAAUGUGCAUUUCUCUCUACUCAGCACUUGCAAAUGCUCAUCAUAGCAACAGCUCAGGCCUCACGGCUUCUGAAGCUGAGAAAUCCGUGGCUGGAAACCUUUGUCGAUGCACCGGUUUAUCGUCCCAUUGUCGAUGCCUGUAAGAGUUUUGCUUCUGAUGUUGAUAUUGAGGACUUGGGGUUUAACUCCUUUUGGAGAAAAGGAGAAAGCAAAGAGGUUAUGUUGAAGAGUUUGCCUCCUUACAAUCCAAAAGACCAUCUUGUGACCACAUUCCCUGAGUUCUUGAAGAAGAAGAAGAAGGUUGAUAAUGGUUUGGAUCAUUCGAGGUAUCAUUGGACUACUCCUCUAAGUGUAGUUGAGCUUUAUAAAGUAAUGGAAUUUGCUAAUUCUGGAGACUCGUUGAAGCUUGUUGUUGGGAACACGGGGACAGGUUAUUACAGAGACGUGGACCAGUUCGAUAGAUAUGUCGAUAUCAGCCAUAUUCCGGAGAUGUCGAAGAUCCAGAAAGAUGAGAAAGGAAUCGAAAUCGGAGCAGCUGUAACCAUAUCUAAAGCUAUCGAUGCUUUGAACGAGGAGAGCAAAUCUUGCUACGUUUUCAAGAAAAUGGCGACUCGUAUGGAGAAAAUCGGCAACCAUUCUAUCAGGAACUCAGGGAGUAUCGGCGGUAAUCUAGUCAUGGCACAGAGCAAGAAGUUUCCUUCUGAUAUCACCACGCUUUUACUCGCUGCAGAUGCGUCUGUGUAUAUGUUAAACGGCGAGAAAACCGAGAAGCUUAAGCUAUUAGAGUUUCUUGAAUUGCCUCCGAUAUUAGACUCCAAACGAGUUCUUUUGAAGGUUGAGAUUCCAUCUUCGACUUCUGAUAUACUCUUUGAAAGCUACCGAGCUUCACCUCGCUCUAUUGGAAACGCAUUGCCGUAUUUGAGUGCUGCUUUCUUUGCACAUGUGUCUCGCCAAGAACCAUCAAGAAAAACGGCGUAAAGGUGGAUAAAUGUUUGUUGGCAUUUGGUUCUUAUGGCAGCGAUCAUUCAAUCAGGGCGACAGAAGUUGAGAAGUUCCUAACCGGUAAGUUUCUCAGCUACAAUGUUCUCUGUGAAGCUGUGUGUUUACUAAGAGGAAUCAUAGUUCCCGGAGAAGACACUUCGCACCCUGAGUAUAGGAAAAGCUUGGCUGUUGGAUUUCUUUUCGACUUCUUCUAUCCGAUAAUCGAGAGUAGCAAUAUAAUAUGUAGUCUUGAUCCUGCGAAAUCUCUUCCCUUCCUAUCAUCUUCACAGCACGUGGUAGAGAGCAAUGAGUUUCAGCCUGUUGGUGAAGCGGUUAUCAAAGUUGGAGCUGCAUUACAGGCUUCUGGUGAAGCUGUUUUUGUUGAUGAUAUUCCGACUUUACCGGAUUGUUUACAUGGAGCAUUCAUCUAUAGCACAGAGCCUUUGGCUAAGAUAAAAAGCAUAAGCUUCAGUGAGGACGUGACUCCUUGUGGAGUUUUCGCUGUUCUCACUUUCAAAGAUCUUCCACAAGAGGGACAAAACAUUGGUUCCAAGACCAUUUUUGGACCAGGACCUUUAUUUGCAGAUGAACUAACUCGAUGUGCUGGUCAAAGAAUUGCUCUUGUGGUUGCAGACACACAGAAACAUGCAGACAUGGCAGCAAAACUUGCGGUAAUUGAGUAUGAUACAACGAACUUAGAACUACCGAUAUUAACCGUCGAAGAUGCGGUUAAAAGAUCGAGUUUUUUCGAUGUUUAUCCCAUGUUUUACCCAGAACCAGUCGGUGAUGUUUUAAAAGGAAUGAAAGAAGCUGAGAAAAAAAUAAUCUUGGCUAAGUUUAGUCUUGGGUCACAGUACCACUUCUAUAUGGAGCCACAAACAGCACUUGCCUUGCCAGAUGAAGACAACUGUGUGAAAGUGUUCAGUUCAUCACAAGCACCUGAGUAUGUUCAUUCGGUAAUCGCUACAUGUCUUGGCAUUCAAGAGCAUAACGUGAGAGUCAUCACCAGAAGAGUUGGAGGUGGAUUUGGAGGUAAAGCUGUGAAGUCAAUGCCUGUUGCAACAGCAUGUGCCUUGGCGGCUCACAAACUGCAGCGGGCUGUUAAGAUGUAUCUGAACCGCAAGACCGAUAUGAUAAUGGCUGGAGGAAGGCAUCCGAUGAAAGUGACUUACAAUGUCGGUUUUCGAUCAGACGGGAAGCUCACUGCGCUUGAGCUGACAAUGCUGAUAGAUGCAGGGAUCGAGCCUGACGUGAGCCCGAUCAUGCCGCGGAAUAUAAUGGGUCCGUUAAGGAAGUAUGACUGGGGAGCCUUGUCGUUUGAUGUUAAAGUCUGCAAGACGAAUCUCCCGAGCAGAACCGCCAUGAGAGCUCCAGGGGAAGUACAAGGCUCUUACAUAGCGGAAUCCAUUAUAGAGAAUGUAGCUUCUUCUCUUGGAAUGGAUGUUGAUGCAGUGAGAAAGAUAAACCUUCAUAGUUACAGCAGCCUAAGGAAGUUUUACAAGGGCAUUGCUGGUGAUCUUGUUGAAUAUUCUCUGCCUUUACUAUGGGACAAACUUGAGAUAUCUUCAGAAUUCAACCAAAGAUCUGAGAUGGUUAAGAAGUUUAAUGUAUGCAAUGUAUGGAGAAAGAGAGGGAUUUCUCGAGUACCGAUUAUCCAUCAGGUUAUGCAGAGGCCAACACCGGGGAAAGUAAGCAUUUUGAGCGAUGGUUCUGUUGUGGUUGAGGUUGGAGGGAUUGAGAUAGGGCAAGGAUUGUGGACUAAAGUACAACAGAUGGUUGCUUAUGGUCUCGGUAUGACCAAAUGCGAAGGAAGCGAGAAACUGAUGGAGAGAAUACGAGUUGUUCAGUCUGAUACGCUCGGUUUGAUCCAAGGAGGUUUCACUGCCGGUAGCACGACGUCGGAGAAUAGCUGUGAAGCCGUUAAGCUUUGCUGCAUUAUCUUGGUGGAGAGGCUGAAACCUUUGAUGGAGAAGUCAGGUUCUUUGACUUGGAAUAUGCUUAUUCAACAAGCUUAUGCUCAGUCUGUGAAUUUAUCAGCGAGUACAUUGUAUAAGCCAGAGUUUACUUCCAUGGAGUACCUCAACUAUGGAGUUGGAGUUAGCGAGGUGGAGGUGGAUCUUUUGACAGGAAGGACAGAGAUUUUGAGAUCAGAUAUCAUUUAUGAUUGUGGGAAAAAGUCUUAAUCCUGCAGUUGAUUUAGGACAGGUCGAAGGAGCGUUUGUUCAAGGAAUAGGGUUUUUCAUGAUGGAAGAGUAUACAACAAAUGAGAAGGGGCUUGUGAUGCAACAAGGUACUUGGGACUACAAGAUUCCUACAGUCGAUACCAUCCCUAAGCAGUUCCACGUCGAGAUUCUCAACACUGGACAUCACAAGAACCGUGUUCUCUCUUCCAAAGCGUCGGGUGAGCCGCCUUUGCUUCUUGCGGCUUCUGUUCAUUGUGCAACGAGAUCCGCCAUUAGGGAAGCUAGGAAACAGUUCCUUUCAUGGAACUGCAAUGAUGGGAAUAGAGAUGGGUUUGGUAUGGAUUUUGAGUUGCCGGUUCCAGCGACUAUGCCUGUGGUUAAAGGUCUUUGUGGAUUGUAUAGCGUAAAUAAGUACUUAGAAGCGAAGAUCCAUGGGAAAUAAUUGAAGGCAAGUGCUUCUUUCGAGUGUUACAUUGUACACAAUAAUGUUAUGAUUAAGAUUUCAAAGAGGGGAAAUAAACAUUUAGGGAUCUUAGACAUAAAUAAUGUUUUCAGAACCAAAUAAUUCUGAAUUAAAUUAUGAAUAACUUUGUUUGCUGUAUAUGUACAAGCUGCUAAAAAACACUUAAUACUCCUUCAAAUAGUCAAAUUGCACGUCUGCAAGGUGGAAGAAAGAAACAAAGUUACAUCUUGACAUCAAUUGCUUGGAGAUAAGAGUGCAAUAAUUUUGCGAGGACAUCAUCUAGGUAAUUUUUGAGAUAUGAGAAAUGUAAAUCAAGUGAUAAUCCAAUGUAACAUACUUUUUCUUUUUCUUUUCGGUAACACACUAACACUGAAUCCAAAAUUAUAUUAAUGAUAACCAUGUAUUAUUAC